UGGCAUUCGCCACAUCCUGAUAGUUGGUUGCUCUGGAGGACAGCGAGUUGGAAGACUAUGCAUGCCAGGAAUCCGUAUCGCGACCCGCCAGACUUUGUUCUCCUCGCCGACGCGUACCCGCCACUCAAAUCAUGCCUCAUCUUUACGCCGGAGGGGAGAGCUACAAUCGACUUUAAGAACGAACAAUCUCAAAGGUGACCCCGUCACUCACGAAUACUGGCUGGUACCUCACUCUUUAGGUACUUGGCGCAGACGUCUGACAGAAGCCCUGCUGCAUCGUGAUUUCGGACUGCGAGUAACGAUACCAGGCGACCGACUAUGUCCCCCGGUACCUAACAGACUGAACUACAUCCUGUGGUUGCAGGACAUCGUGCGCGAGACGUCUGAUAACCCAGAUGGUCUGGUCCGCGGCAUCGACAUAGGGACCGGCGCCUCCGCCAUCUACCCCCUCCUCGCGUGCCGGCUGCAGCCCAACUGGCACUUUGUCGCAACAGAGAUAGACCAGGCGUCGUACAACCACGCGCUCGCCAACGUGCUCGCCAACGGUCUCGCAGACCGCGUGCAAGUGGUGCGCGCAUCGCCAGACGCGCCUUUGCUCCCGCUGGGUUCGCUACCGGACGAUACCUUCGAUUUCACGAUGUGCAACCCCCCGUUCUACGCGAGCAAAGAAGAGGUGGACGCGUCCGCGGGCGGGAAGCUCGCCGAGCCCAGCGGCGUAUGCACCGGCGCAGCGGUGGAGAUGAUCACGCCCGGCGGGGAGAGCGCCUUCGUGCGGCGGAUGGUCGACGAGAGCUUGGUACUCCGCGAGCGAUGCAGGUGGUACACGUCCAUGCUCGGCAAGCUGUCCUCUGUGACCGAAGUAGUCGGGCACCUGAAAGCCAACGACGUCCCCAACUACGCACUGACCGAGUUCGUGCAGGGCCACACGCGGCGGUGGGCCGUCGCGUGGUCCCUCGCCGACAGGCACCUCCCCGACGAGCUCGCGCGCGCGCGCACGCCCGCGCUCGCGCACCUCCUCCCCGCGCGCACGGCGCUCCGGCAGCCCUUCCCCCACGCCCCCGACGCCGCGGCGCUCGCCGCGGCGCUCGCCAGCAUCGACGGCGCCGUCAUUGCGCAUCGCGCGCACGAGGCGGAGGCGGAGGUGGAGGUGGAGGUGGGCAGGGACACGUGGUCCCGCGCCGCGCGCCGCAAGCACAAGGAUCGGCGCGCCUCCGCGGGCGGCGGGAUGCGUUGUCGACUCGGGAUGCAGCGGGACGGGAAGGAAGGGGGGGCAGGGAUGGUGCUGGAGGCGCGGUGGGUACGGGGGCGGGACCGCGCGCUGUUCGAGAGCUUCGUGAGCCACGUGGGGCGGAAGGUCGGCGCUGCGCUGGCUGCGCGCCGGGAGAGUGCGCUCGCGCAGCACGCCGGGAGGGGGAGCUAGAGCGGGGGCGGAGAGUGCUGGGGAGGGAUGUAUCAGGCGAACGGGCAUCGGUGGUCAGAAAGCGGCGUUGCCGAGUCCAUCGGAAGAUGUGUUGGUCGUAUACGCAUGAGGUCGUUCACGGACGUGAUGACGUGGCUGGUUGACGCUCGGGUUUGAAUCUUCAGUUGGUACAAUACGCUACACCGACCGCUGUGCUUGAUUGCGAGUCAAGUUGGCCCAGAUGAGGAGAACGUGCGAGCAGUGUGUAUUGCGAUCCGGCCCAGUGUGGCAUGGAAGAAGCUCGGAAUAGAACAAGAGAGGUGCGUGCGUGUGCAGAUCACAGAGGCUGGCAGGCUUAUCUCCUGGGCGCGGAGCUGUGGCGGG